AUGGCGGCGAUGUGGCAAGAAGCGACGGCUGAGUCGGAGACUUGCAAGAAGUGGUACUGCCAAGAAGGAACGGCUUAUGAAGGGCGCGAUCCAGCAAACUGGGGUCAGGUCAACGUCAAUCUUGGGUACAGUGGAUUGAUACGUGAGAGGCAGGGCACCUGGGACAGCCGGAACCGAAUCCAAGUUUUGCCGCCGCCGCCGCCAUCUCCUGAUGCUGAUGCUGAUGCUGGCUUAGCCCCUACGCCGCGGCGCCGCCCAUCUCGAUUUGCCAUUGCCAUCUCUCAUGCGCUCUCCAUCCCCACAGCCAUUGCCCGCAGCGCAAACAUGCUCUCCACCCUCGCCGGCUCCACUCCCACUAGGGAGAGGGACCCCUUCGCCAUCGCCCAUGCCCUCUCCUCCAUCGCCUACUCCUCGUCUUCCUUCACCUCUCCACCAUCCCUCGCCACGGGCUCAGGGCUCCACGCACAGUGCAUAAAGCUCGGCGUGUCCGCCGACACCUUCACCACGAACCACCUCCUCAUCUUCUACAAGAGGCGCGGCCACCUCGCCGGCGCGCUCCGCGUGUUCGACGAAAUGCCGCACUGGAACCUUUUCUCCUGGACCGCCAUGGUGUCCGGCUCCGUGCGCAACGCCGCGCCUGACCUGGGCCUCCAGCUGUUUGUCUCCAUGCUCGGCAACGGCCUCUGCCCCAACGAGUUCGCUCUCGCCAGCGCGCUCGGUGCUUGUUGCCAGUCAGCGGUGGCCAACGCCAGGCUCGGCCUUUCCGUUCACGGCCUCGCUGUCAAAGCUGGCCUGGAUGCCAAUCCUUAUGUGGGAAGCUCGUUGAUGCUAAUGUAUGCCAGGCAUGGGCGUACUGCUGCUGCGGAGCACGUGUUUGCAGAGGAGUUCGACUUUGGGGCCGCCUCCGAGGAAGACGAGCCCAAGACCGAGGGAGAAGACCUCCGGCUCCUGUUCCAGGAGGAGUCGGAGAACAGCGACGAGGAAGACCCUUCUUCGGACGGACUCGACUCCUCCUCGGAAGAGGAGAUCGACUCCCCCUCCGACGAUGACGAGCCGAUGGGUUAUGGUCUGCACAGUAGUUCUGAAGAUGUAAUGAAGCUCUUCCGCAGCUUGCUCUGCUUUGGAUCAAAACCAGAUGAGUUCACCUAUCCAGCUGUUUUGUCUGCAUUCCAACAAGCUCACGACUCAAGAAACCAUGAGCAGAUCCACGCAUGUAUUCUGAAACAUGGGUUUGCAUCAUGUCAGUUCGUCUCGACUUCACUAAUCAAAGUAAAGGCAACCCUUGGUUCGGUUCAUGGUUCACUGAAAGUCAUCGAGGACACUGGCAAGAUGGAUUUGGUAUCAUGGGGAGUCACCAUCUCUGCAUUCUUGAAGCAUGGCCUGAACGAUGAGGCCCUUUACCUUUUCACUUUGUUCAGAGAUGAGUGCACACAGGAGCCUGAUGAGUUCAUCCUGGCUACCAUCCUGAACGCUUGUGCAAACGCAGCAUUGAUAGGGCAAUGCAGAUGCAUCCAUUCCCUCGUUGUCAGGGCAGGGUAUAGCAAGCACUUCUGUGUGGCAAGCGCCUUGGUUGAUGCGUAUGCAAAGUGUGGCGAUGUUACUGCUGCUGAAAGUGUGUUCACUGAUGUUUCGUUGGUAACUAAUGACACCAUACUGUACAACACCAUGCUGACAGCUUAUGCCAACCAUGGUCUGAUCCAUCAAGUCCUCAGGCUGUACCGAGAGAUGGAAGAACUACAAUUGGCUCCAACACCAGCUACGUUCGUCGCGGUCAUCUCAGCUUGCAGUCAUCUUGGGCAAGUCGAGGAGGGAAAGCUGCUGUUCAGUUCCAUGCUGUUUGCACACGGCGUGCAUCCGACAAGGGCCAACUACUCCUGCCUGGUCGAUCUCCUGGCGCGAAAAGGGCUCGUCAGCGAAGCGAAAGAUGUCAUAGAAGCAAUGCCAUUUCAGCCAUGGCCUGCAGUAUGGAGGUCUCUGAUGAAUGGCUGCCGGAUCCAUGGGAACAAAGAACUUGGCGUGCUUGCAGCAGAGCAGAUCCUGAGAAUGGCGCCAAGCAGCGACGGCACCUACGUAUCACUGUCGAAUGCCUAUGCUGGAGAUGGAGAGUGGCAGUCUGCAGAGGAGACAAGGAGGAUGAUGGCUGAGAAUCAAGUGCAGAAGGUGCAAGCUUACAGCAGUGUUGAGAUCUAG